UUGCCCCCCCGACCAUCAUGGCUCUAUGCCCGUAGUCUGCUACCCGUCCAAGGAGUCUAUCUUGAGCCCACGGCCGCAGGAGAGCAACACUGUGAUGCGCCGGACCACCGUUUUGGCCCUCUUCUCCGUGGUCCUCAUUUACCUGGUCACAGGUGCCUUCGUCUUUCGCCAACUGGAGCAGCCCUAUGAGAUCCACCAGCAGGGGAAGAUCAAAGCCUACCUGGAGCAGUUUUUAAAGCUACACCAAUGUGUAGCCGCUGAGGACCUCGAGGACCUCAUCCAGCAAGUGGGCGAUGCCAUGGGCGUCGGAGUGGAGCCUGCCAUCAACAGCACAAACGUCAACAGCUCGCACUGGGAUAUGGGCAGCGCUUUCUUCUUCGCUGGCACCGUGAUCACCACCAUCGGGUUUGGGAACAUCUCCCCCAAGACUGACCCUGGCCGGCUUUUCUGUAUCUUCUAUGCCCUCGUGGGGAUUCCUCUCUUUGGCAUGCUGCUGGCAGGAGUCGGGGACCAUUUGGGAUCGUCUCUCCGGAAAGGCAUUGGCAAAGUGGAGGACAUUUUCUUGAAGUGGCAGGUCAGUGCUACCAUUGUGAGGGUCCUCUCGGCCUUGCUCUUCAUCCUCAUUGGCUGCCUCCUCUUCGUCUCCCUGCCGACCAUCAUCUUCCAGAGGGUGGAAGGGUGGACCCUUUUAGAGAGCGUCUACUUUGUGGUCGUCACACUGACCACCAUUGGAUUUGGUGACUAUGUGGCAGGUGAUACCAAAAGCGAAGAAUACCUGUGGUAUCAGCCAUUGGUGGUGGUCUGGAUUCUGCUGGGUUUGGCCUACUUCGCCUCCAUCCUGACUAUGAUUGGCAACUGGUUGAGAGUGUUGUCCCGGCGCACGAGGGCUGAGAUGGGAGACUUGACUGCGCACGCUGCCUCCUGGACGGGCAACGUGGCCUCCCAGCUCCGUGUCCCAAACAUGGCAUUUCCAGAAAAGCUGCACAGAGUGGGCACCUUGAAAGGGAAGCCGCUGUCGCCUUCGGCCAUGUUGCAGCAGGGGGACAGCCUAGAGGUACUGCCACCACUGCCACAGCCACCACAGCAGCAAUUCUCACCGCAGCAGCAAUUGCCACCGCAGCAGCAAUUGCCACCGCAGCUGCCACCUUUACCACCCCCGCUGCUGCCACCGCCACCGCCAUCCCCGCGCCCAUCUCCAGGAACUGCACAGCGUGUGGCCCAGCUGCGGCCUAUAGACUACGCGGGUGAAAACCUGGCCUUCAUUGACGAGAGUUCGGAUGCGCUGAGCGAUGGAGGGCCGCCUUCUGCCAGGUUGCCCCGCCGCAUGCGCCCUCGGGCACGGCACCGUGCCAACACGGGCCAGCCACCGGGAUUGCCCAUGGUCCUGCUGAGCCUGACCCAGGACAAAGGUGAACCUGUCUAAGGCUAGGGCUAGGCCAAAGCCUGUCUUGGAGCAAGUUUCCGACCUCUUGGUGCAGUUCUCGUUGUUCCUCUCCUCCUGUGCCCAGCAGAGUGAAACCCAAGCGUCUCGGCUUUUGUUUCCGUGAGGUGCUAAGUGCCCGCCUUUUUGUGUGCCCUGGCACAAACCCUCUGCACUGCGGUAUCCCAUUCUAUGCUGCCAGCUGGGCUCUGUCCCCAUUUCCAGAGACACUAGGAACGCCACCCUCUUUGCUGUGCCAACCCAGUCUCUUGCUUCCAGUGGGACAAACCCUGGCAUCACCGCUCUCCUCUCCGCAUGGUGCUCCCCAACUCAGCCUUCCUCCUGGCAGCAGGAUUAUACUCCUGUUCCCCGAGCAUCACUGGAAGCCUCAUCUCAACCUGUGUGCCUGUUAUGGUUGUCCUCCUUUAAUCUUCCAGAACUGCACCUUGUGAGUGGGUGGACAGGUCAACAUCUCUCCCAUCCACUCUGGCUCCAAGCACCAGGUCUACUUCCUGUUGCAUGCUCUCCUGAUCAUCCCUGUCCCCAAGCACACACGCACAAAACUCCUCCUGCCUUGUGAGUCAAAUUAGGCAAAUAUCCACACAAAGUGUGAAUGAGUUUCAUAGCUGUUGUUCCCUUUCCCCCAGGGAAUUAUGUUAGCAUUGGGCUUUUAACAGAGUAGAUGUCUGAACAGAUGUCACCAUUGUUGAGAAGCCUCAGUGCCCUUGACAAACUACAGUUCCCAGGAUGGGGGUGGGGUGGGGAACUCAUGAUAGUAUUGCACCUGUACACUUGCUGAAAGUUUGUCACAAACUUAUGCACCUUUCCUCCCCUGCUUUGGUGUAGGGACGGAGGAGAAAUUUGGUUUCGUUCACAUCUAGAGGCCAACCUCCCAAACUGGAACUACCUGAAACUUAAAACACAACCCUCUUUGGAGAUUCACACUCCUCUGUGUUUUGCACUGCAGUUCCUCCAGCCAAGUAAUGUGUAGAAAAAUGCAUAAUUUGGGGUAAAGUAUGUGCAAAAAUGCUUAUAAGUGCUGAAAACAAAGUGCAAAAAAUGCAUUUUGUUUGGAGAAAACUGCUUUGUAAAAAUGUGUCUGUUAGGAGAAAUUCACACACAAAUGUCAGUGAGUUGUCAUGGUGACUUUUUGCAUUCCUUUUUUAAAGCAAUUGCAAAUGGAUGUAGAAAUGUGAAUAGCUAAACUUAAGAUUGGAAAAAAUAAGAAACUGAGGGAAAUCAGAAUCGACAGAUUUGCCCAUCCCUACCAUGGGGUGUCUAGGAAGGCUGUUUUGGGGUGUGAUUGCCUAAAAAAUGCCAACAACUGCAUUGGGGAGGGGUCCCUAUCCAACCCUUCCUGUGAUCCAGUCAUGUUGGAGAGGUAUGGUAAGAUUUGGGAGUGUGUGAACCCUACGGGAGCUCCCUCUUGGUUGGGCUUCCUCCAAGGGCUGUUUGGUUACAUGGGGCAAGGCUCUGCAGCCACCCCAAGCUAUAGAGAAGAGAGUGUGGGAGGAGGCUACCCUCAUCUCUCCCCAUCUUCCAUCUUUCACUUCACAAAUGUGCCUGUUCUUGACUCUGUAUAUUGGAAGUAUUUAAUUUAUUUAUUUAUUUAUAUAUUGGUCUGGUCUUCCAGAUAUUAAA